UGCUCCACACUUAGUGAGACCUGAGAUGUCCUGGGAGAGGGGGAAGUACAAACUCAACCUGGCAAAUAAACAGAAAACUACAUUCACCAUCUCAUUCACUCUUUCCCACCCUAGUGCCCCACAUGUAAACACUCCUACAAAAGAAAAAAAAAAGGACGCAGUACACACACUCACAACCCAACCUACCCGACCAUGCUCCGGUCCCGACCCCCCAUACCACACCCUGACCCGAUGACCCACUGGAGAUGGGGCCAACAUGAACCGAACGGGACAACCAAGCAGAGGCCCCCACCACAAACCCGGGAGUGCUAUCUCCCCCACACCCUCCCCCUCCAUACCCUAAGCACAUAUUCCAGGGGAGAGCAGAAGUGUCAGGUGGCCUGCUCCUCCUCCAGGCCCCAGACUCCAGGCAGUAAUCGGAGAACAGAGAUGUGAGGAAGUUGUUAGCCUGCCUCCGCUAAAAAGACACACAUUUUAAAGAAUGGAUCAAAGUCCUAAAUAUAUUGCUGUGUCAAGACAGUGCAGAUUUCUGCCGGUCCUGCCUUUUCUCUCUCUCCACAGGUGAUUGCAGUUAACAGGUGGGCGUGGCACACACCUGCACCUCGUUCGGCACCGUGGUUGGGAGUAUUUAGGCAGUGAGCUGACAGCUGGAGGACGCCAGAGUGUUAACCUUGUGUGGUACACCUCAGUUGGCCACUGUCUCCUUACAGCUCUCUUGUUUCCUAUGUUAACCUCUCCCUCCUGUGUCUCUCAGGUUACCUCAUGCUCUGGAUCACGCUCCAAGUGCUCAAUCUCGUGCUCAGACGUCCCUGGUCAGCCUCCUCACUCUCGCUGUUCUGGAUCCCGCUCCAGGCUCUCUCUCGUGCUCAAGCCAAGACCUCUCACUGUUUGGAUCCCCCCCCAAAGCUCUCUUGGUAUUACCAAGCCGGGCUAAGGACUUCAUUGGAUCACCCUGGUUCCUCCAGCUGCACUACUGACCACAACUCCCACCAUCGGUGCUGCUCGGAUCCCGCCAUAACUCUUUCAGCCCGCUCACCAGCCACUCAGUCACCUGUUACCAUCUCAGAGGAGAUACCUGCUGAGUCCGUCUCUCAGCCUCACUCCACCCCGGCUAGGUUGCCCGAACUCGGCGGUAAGCUCUCCACUAACCUCGCACAUAUUUCCCACGGCUCUGCUAACUCUGUUCUCUCUCCCGCAGAGCAAAUCGGCCCCGGUCUCACGUCUCAGUUAGGCAUUCUUCCGUCGUGAGUCUUCCACAUCUCUGCAUCUCUCUUUAAUUAAUAAACACCUCAAACUGGUCUCUGCCUCCCGACUGUGUUCUGCAUGUGGGCUAAACACAUAAAAAACAUGACAUACUGUUUAUUUAUUUUUAUAUACUGUACAGGGCCUAAAAUAUCUUUGCUACAAAAGAACUGAAUGUAGACUUUGUUGCAAAAGAUUGCAGUGGUGCAAAUAUUUUUGAAAGGUUAGGAUUUACUCUUUUAUAGAAAAUAGUUUGCUUUAGUUUCCUUGAAUGCUGUAAAAUGUUCAGAAAUAGCUUCAGCUGCAGAUUAUUUCUGGCUGGAUAUCCUGUUUUGGUCCACAAGGUGGUGUUAAAUUUAAUUAAACUGAGUAAAUGUAAUUUGUUUUCAGAGUUUAAAGUGUUUACCUUUUCAAAGCGGUACUUUUGGGCUAUUAUCAAUAGGUGACAUGAAAAAUAAAAAUAAUACCCUGUCAACUUGUAUAAAACUGAAGAUUAGUUUAAGCUGUUUAUGAAAUGAUACUGCAGGCUGAUCUUUCAUCUAGUCAUACAGUUCUGUUAUUAGCGGUAAAGCUGAAGUUUUAACAAAUGCAAAAAUGACACCUCAUAUGUCAGUGUUGUUUAAAAUUUAGACAUAUUUAGAUCUACAACCACUGAGGAAGUGAAAUGUGUUCAUGUCCCUUAUGGUGAAGACAAGACAGUAUCUACAGAGUCGCUCUAAGGCAGCAUGACAAAGAUCACAAAGUGUAUAAUCCACUUCACAUAGCAUAGAUUUUCCAUUUCACAGUUCACUGACUCCAUGUGAACCUAAGCCUCCGCAUCCCGAAGGGGAACAUAAAGUCUAUGUUAUCUCUUUAACUUGAAAUGUCACACCAUUGCACAAUCUUUCAUGCUGUGUUGAAUUUAGCUCUGCUCCUAGCCUUACGCCUUCAGACAGCUACAAAGAAGUUACAGCUUCAGAUCGCUCCUUCUUUAUGCAAAGUUUGUCUCAGGGUUGUGGCUUAACUUCUAUCAAUUAACCAUACUGAACAGUCUUUUGUUUACCAGAUUAGUUUCCCAAAUAAAAUUGCUUGGUCAGUGAUUCUAUCAUAAUGCAGCAAUCAUUCAUUCAAACCUAAUAAAAAGCUUUUUUUACAUUAUACAAAAUUCCAAAAGUUAAUUCAAAGAAAAAAUAAUUGGGCUUUCACUUAUUUUAUUCAUCUAGGGGUGUUAGUGUGUGCAUGUUUUUCACAAACCUUUCAAUUUUGCGUUCAUCUUUGUCUAGUAUAAAGUGAAAGAUAUUAAUCUGUUUUUAGCAAAAUCAGCCUGAAUUAAUUUUAGAACAAGAUAAAAAGCUAAUUUAAAUUUUAAUUCCGAAACAGGCUAUGACAAUGGUAUUGAGUGGACAUAACAAUAGUAUACACUAUUAAAAGCUGUUAACAUCGUAAUGUACAACAUAAAUAAUAAUAAAAGUACUAGCUAUUAUUAUUUUGUAUUUUGACUUUUCUCUAGAAUCACAUUUUUUUUAAUUUUGGUUUCAUAACUUUAGUUUUUAUAUUGGUUUCUUUUCAAUAUUACAUUUUGGUUUUGUAACUUGUACUUAUUUGGUAAAGACAACAAGAUUAGGAUAACCUACUAAAACAAUGAUUUGAGUCUACUUACUACGAAGUGUUUAUGGUACCAGAAUUUUUAUUUUGGUUUAAUAAUGAGAUUUAAAUUUGCAAUAAUUUAAUUUCUAAUGACUAUAGUGAACCAACAAUCCAAAGCUGUCUGUAUUUUAGACUAAUGUAAUUUCUGGCAUUAUUUUCAAAGAGCAAAACAUUUUAAAUAGAUGCUAACUAUAGAACAUUUAACUGUAUAACGUUCUUUCAUUCUUUCCUGUUUUACAGCUGACAUGUUGGUCAGUGGGUAGAUUUAAAUAAGGAAGUAAAAGAAUAAAAUUGUUAAGGAAGUCGUUGAAAUGAGGAAGUUUAAGAACACGCACGUAGCACUUAGACUGAAGGUUAGUCUGCUUCUGUUGGACAACACUGCCAGGAUCACCUGUAACUUGCUCGGUUUUUGGGGGCUUGUUUAGAUAUUUGUAGUGUUUAGCAACUGGCUGAAUUUGAUGUCCUGUUCAUACUUCUCUGUCAACUACUGAAGGACUGGUAGAACUAAGCUGGAGAAGAAUCUGUCUUUGGAACGCCCGCUUGUUUUCCAAUUUUGAAGAAGAAGCCACCCACAAGAGAUCAACAUGACUGACAAUGUGAAUGCCUUGCCGUUCUUCUAUGGCAACAUAACUAGGGAGGAGGCUGAGGACUACUUGAGGCAGGCUGGAAUGAACAACGGCUUGUACUUAUUACGACAAAGUCGAAACUAUCUUGGAGGCUUUGCAUUGUCUGUUUCUAAUUCAGGUCGCAUCUACCACUACACCAUUGAAAGACAGCUCAACGAAAUGUACGCUAUUGCUGGUGGUAAGAGCCAUAGGAGCCCUAUGGAUGUGAUUGACUAUCAUUCCCAAGAGAUGGAUGGUCUUGUGUGUCUGUUAAAGAAGCCCUGCAACAGGCCAAAAAAUAUGCAGCCAAAGGUUGGGCCAUUUGAGGACUUAAAGGAAAGACUUAUCCGGGAAUAUGUGAAGCAGACUUGGAACCUGCAGGGGGCAGCUCUCGAGCAGGCCAUCAUCAGUCAGAGGCCUCAGCUGGAGAAACUAAUUGCCACCACAGCUCAUGAAAAAAUGCCCUGGUUCCAUGGAUCAAUAACAAGAGAGAACUCUGAGCCCAGGCUUCAGAAUGGUUCCCGUACAAAUGGAAAAUUCCUGAUUCGACAGAGAGAUCAAAAUGGAUCUUAUGCUUUAUGUUUACUGCAUGAAGGCCAAGUGAUGCAUUAUCGCAUUGACAGGGACAGCACCGGCAAGCUCUCUAUCCCUGAUGGAAAGAAAUUUGACACCCUGUGGCAGCUGGUGGAGCAUUACUCAUACAAACCAGAUGGACUGUUACGAGUACUCACAGAGGCAUGUCCAAGACCUGAUGGCGAAACUGUACCAAUUGGGCGGCCUGUACCUCCGCUGAACCAUCCUGGAUUAGGUUCUGCCAUUCUUAAUGCAGCAGAUGGACUUCGCUCCAUGUUUGGUCAGCUCAACAUACCUGGAAGAAAGAGCCGAAGACAUCGACCCAACAACACAGACCUCAAUCCCUAUGAAACUAGGGUGUCCAGUAACCAACCAGCAAGCAAAGAGGCAAUGCCAAUGGAUACAGAGGUAUACGAAAGUCCUUACGCAGAUCCAGAUGAACUGAGAAGCUCCACCGUGGAUCGCAACCAUUUAUUGUUGGAGGAUGGAGAAUUGGGUUCAGGAAACUUUGGCACUGUCAUGAAAGGAAUCUACAAGAUGAGAAAAACGGAGAAACCAGUUGCUGUUAAAAUUCUGAAGAAUGAUGAUAACAACCCAUCAGUACGUGAAGAAAUGUUGCGAGAGGCAAAUGUAAUGCAGCAGCUGGACAAUCCUUACAUCGUUCGGAUGAUUGGCAUCUGUGAGGCAGAAAAUCUCAUGCUUGUCAUGGAAUUGGCUGAAUUGGGACCACUGAACAAGUUUCUCCAGAAAAACAGAAACACGUCGGUAAAGAACAUCACAGAGCUGGUUCAUCAGGUGUCUAUGGGAAUGAAAUACCUAGAGGAGCAUAACUUUGUUCACAGAGACCUUGCUGCCAGAAAUGUUCUGCUGGUCACACAACACUAUGCAAAGAUCAGUGACUUUGGCCUCUCUAAAGCUGUUGCAGAAGAACAAAACUACUACAAGGCCAAGGGUCACGGAAAGUGGCCAGUAAAAUGGUAUGCUCCUGAAUGCAUAAACUACUUCAAAUUUUCAUCCAAAAGUGAUGUGUGGAGCUUUGGUGUGCUCAUGUGGGAGGCGUUUUCCUUUGGCCAGAAGCCAUACAAGGGAAUGAAAGGCAAUGAUGUCAUGCAGAUGAUUGAGAGUGGAAAACGCAUGGAGCCACCAGUGAACUGUCCAACAGAGAUGUAUGACCUCAUGACGUCCUGUUGGACAUAUAAAGUGGACCAAAGACCUGGAUUUGCUGUCGUUGAGCCAAGACUGAGAGAAUAUUACUAUGACAUUGCGCAGUGAUUCAUUACAUAGAAGAUUCUAGGCUAUGCAAUGUUUUCAUAAAGCAGAUUUUUCAUUUAUAAGCAAUGCAUCACAAAUGCCUUAUGAAAUAAAAAAUAUUGUUCUAUAUAUGCUUGAAGCCAGGAAUUUACUUAGUAUUUUAGUGAUGCUGUGGCUCUGUAAAUGUGAAUGGUUGUCCUUCACAAUCAGCUGUAGUUAUUCUAGCCCAAGAUAAUAUCCUGAAUCCUAAAAUUGUCUCUGAUUUAUUCAUUAAUGUUGAUGACACAGAAAAUAACUACAUAGGUUAUGACUAUUGCAGACUUAGAAGCAUUGCAUAAAUGAGUUUAGCUUGGUAAAUGUAGCUUUUAAUUUUGUGACAAAAGAAGAAAUGUGGCAUAAAUAUUCAUGAUAUUUAUAAGAUGGACAAUUAAGCAAAUAUGACAUAUAAUUCAACUAAAAAUUUCCUGUUAGCAUUUUUUGUGUAAAUCUUUGUUACAAACAGCAUCAUUUAUCAGUGCUUCCCUUUGAAAGCUUUGGAAUGCAAAUAUAUAACACUGUUUUAUAUUUAUUACAUGUCUUAAAGUUUUUUUUGUUGCAGUGUAACAGAAAGAAAUUUCCCUUCAGUUUUGGUCUCAUUAGGGUUUCUGUAUUCAUACUAAUUAAAUUAUUGUACCUCAAGCUGCAAACAAUAUAAAUAAAUAGAAAUUAAAAGAGUAA